ACUCCAUCAACCUAUUUAAUCCAGUAUUAGUGGAUAUUACCAGUGGAUCUAGUAUUAGUGGAUAUCUCUAGUGGAUUUUAUAUUAGCGAAUAUUUCUAGUGGAUAUAAUAUUAGUGGAUAUCUCUAGUGGAUCUAAUAUUAGUGGAUAUCUCUUGUGAAUCUAGUAUUAGUAGAUAUCUCCAGUAGAUCUAAUAUUAGUGGAUAUCUCUAGUAGAUCUAAUAUUAGGGGAUAUCUCUAGUGAAUCUAGUAUCAGUGGAUAUCUCUAGUGGAUCUAAUAUUAGUGGAUAUCUCAAGUGAAUAUAAUAUUAGUGGAUAUUUCUAGUGGAUCUAGUAUCAGUGGAUAUCUCUAGUGGAUAUGAUAUUAGUAGAUAGCUUUAGUGGAUUUAAUAUUAGUGGAUAUCUCUAGUGGAUCUAGUAUUAGUGGAUAUCUAUAGUGAAUCUAGUAUCAGUGGAUAUCUCAAAUGAUUAUAAUAAUUGUGAAUAUCUCUGGUGGAUCUAGUAUUAGUGGAUAUCUCUUGAAUCUAAUAUCAGUGGAUCUCUAUUGGAUCUAGUAUUAGUGGAUAGCUGUAGUGGAUCUAAUAAAAGUGGAUAGCUCUAGUGGAUCUAGUAUUAGUGGAUAGCUCUAGUGGAUCUAAUAUAAGCGGAUAGCUCUAGUGGAUCUAGUAUUAGUGGAUAGCUCUAGUGGAUCUAAUAUAAGCGGAUAGCUUUAGUGGAUAGCUCUAGUGGAUGUAGUAUUAGUAGAUAGCUCUAGUGGAUCUAAUAUAAGUGGAUAUCUCUAAUGGAUCUAAUAUAAGUGGAUAUCUCUAAUAGUUCUAAUAUUUGUGGAUAUCUCUAGUAAACCAACAAUAGUGGAUAUCUGUAGUGGAUAUGAAAUUAGGAUAUAAGCUGAAAAAUCAAAAGGAUAUCACCAUUCAUCAUUAAUUUACCGCCGAUAUCAACGUAAUUUUAAGUUAUCAGCUAAUUAGUUACAGGAUAAUUGCUGAUUAUUAAUAAAUUAAUAUAAUCAGCACUCAGAAGGAAAUCAGCUGUGAAUCCCAGAGUUCAGAAAUAAAUAAAUAUAAAAGAAAACUGAAGAAAAAAAGGAAUUGCUAUUCAUAGCCUGUAUGAGUCAAUCAUCGUUUUCCAGCUCCGAUCCCCCUGAUUGGGCAAUACAGGGGACAUCCCCUCAACCCUCCCAAGCCUCCAGGUCCAGCUGUACCCCCUGGGUGUUCCUCCUGGAGCAAGGAAUUGGAGCAACUCCUUCAAACUAUGAGAAAACUCCAUCAGGUCCUGGAAACAAUAAAGGACUCCCAAAAUAUUGGCUCCCAAGGGAAGAAAGUUUUCACUGGUUUGAAAAUGUUCGUAUAGACUCAGAAAGCACGAUCGUGGACCAAGCAGAAGAGAAUGAGGAAGUAUUCUAUUUACCCCGUCCAAGAAUCCAACCUAAAAUCCAGCCUCAAGCUAGCAGAGCUCCCCCUAGAAUCCAACCUCAAGCUAGUAGAGCUCACCCUAGAAUCCAACCUCAAUCUAGUAAAGCUCACCCUAGAAUCCAACCUCAAGCUAGUAAAGCUCCCCCUAGAAUCCUACCUCAAGCUAGUAGAGCUCCCCCUAGAAUCCAACCUCAAGCUAGUAGAGCUAUGUCGACACCAAGAAGAACUCCAUUAUUUAUCAACAAGGAUAAAAUCAUCCAGAACUUUGGAUCUAUUUCAACAUCAAUAUCUACACAAGCAGUUUUUUCUCAGUAUGGUAGUACAGACCUCGUGAAUGAAAUAUCUCAUGGCGAGGAGACUGAAACGAAUAACACUAGAACCAACAGUAUUGAAGUUCUACCAAGAAACUCCGAAGGUCAAACACUCAAGAAUAUUACUCACUCAUUCCACACAUUGCAUGACACUAAACUGUACUUACCCCAUUCAAGAAGAGAAAGUGAGUCACCCUUACAUCACAGCAAAUUGUCAGUUUUAGAAUUAGAUUCAGUUAACAUAAGCACUUCUAGUAAGGUGGGAGUACAGGAAGGUUUCAGUGAUGAAAUUAAAAUCCAAGAUCAAGUGAAUCAUUUUCAAACCAUGGUCGAACUGAAAAAUAAAUCUGCGAAACAAAGAUUUCGGUCCGCUUCAGAUUCUGGAAACUAUCCCGAUUAUCUUCGUGAUGAUGAUCUUUUGAGAAGAUCGCCAUCUCUCCCUGUUUUUCCAAUAACAGAUGAAAAAUGUGAUGAAGAUGAAUACUCAAAAAUACAGAGAAUCCCUCCAUUGGACACCUUGGACAAACCUUGUAAAUCUUCAGUUACGAUUGAUGAGGAUGAAGAUAGUGUGAGCUGGGAGGAGACAAUAUCUCGUAGAUCCUCAGCAGCCCAACUCUGCCAAGAUGUAGAAUAUUUCUAUAACGAGGGUGGACUAGGGAAUGGGACUAAAACACCGCGAAUACUGAUUUCUCGAGUGGGUUCAUCAAGAUGGGAAACUUCACUGGACAACGAACUGGAAAAAGAACGUGUAAAAAAAUAUAAAAAGAAGCAGAAAAGAAAAUAUUCAGGAAACAUUGAGUUAACUUUUUUAAUAAUUUUAAAGCUAAAAUUAAUAAGAAGUUGUCUUUAAAGUCUCAUCCUUUGUGGGUAAACAUAUUUGAACUUAAGUAAAUAAAGAAGUUAUUUCGA